CUUGCCGUUCCCCGUGAUUUUUGGAUGAAAAAUCAAUUUGCUCUGACAGUCAGCACGGGAAUAGACAUCGUGCAGAACCGUCGCAUUCGCCGUUUCUCCCCCGCACUCCCUGAACGACGAAGACGCGCAUUCCACAACUUACGGACGAUGCCCACGGUCAAUAUCACUAGCAAGGGCGGCCCAUUGACCGUAUCCUACACGAUUUCCACCCCAAACUCGACGUUCGCCAAGACCAUCACGGACGGUCUGCCCACGAUCGUCUUUCUGCAUGCCGUCUUCGUCGGGAAAGCGUCUUUCGACGCCCAAUUCCGCGAUCCCCGACUGCGCCGCUUCAACCUCAUCGCGCUGGAUCUGAGGGGCCACGGCGAGACCGUGGGUGACGCGAAGGAGACGUACGGGGUCGAGGAGGCUGCGGAUGAUGUCGCGAAGUUUCUGGAAGCGCUCCGGCUACCCCCCGUGCAUCUCAUGGGCGUGAGCCUCGGGGCCAUCAUAGCCCUCGAAGUGGCUGUGAGAUACCCACAUCGUCUGCAGUCGCUGAUUCUGAACUCCUGCCCGUCGAUGGAAGAGCCCGCAGCAGUCGCUGAGGGUCGCUUCGAGAUCUACGCGCUCUGGGCGAACGCGUUUGAGGGUGCACGACACGAUGGGACAGUCGUGGACGAGGAGUUCCUGCACGACGCCGUGUACGGCGCUCUGCAGCUAAACGUGAACAACGCGGACUGCCCGUUGGUCGACCAACUGACCGAACUGUCCGUCAAGCACGCCCUGCAUAACUGGGACGGCGCGCACCUCCAGUUCAGCCGGCGGGUGACUGUCGCCCCGUUCGUCGGGCGACCGCGAGCGACGGUGCGCGGGAUCGCGUGCCCGGUGCUGCUGAUCCAUUGCGAACACGACGUGGCGUAUCCACUGGAAGCGGCGGAGGAGAUGCGCGAUGCGAUGGAGGCGGCGGGCGUCGAAGUGAUGCUGCACGAGGUGCCCGGCGCGUUUGCCCUGGCGCAUAUCUCUGACGUCGACGAGAUCAACGGGUUGGUCUACGACAUGGUGCUGCGGCGUACUCGUGAAAAAAACCUCCCACCGGCUCCGACGACGGUGGCGUCUCCAUUUGCGGAGUUGCUUGCUCGCCAUGACAAACGUGAUUCAGCUGACACAGACUCGGCUUCCGAAGGUGUCCUUUGAUCCGUUACCAGCUCGCAGUUUGGUCAUGAGGGGUGGAAUGAUGCUGAUAACGCUAACCGUAAAAAGCGAGCGAUGCACAUCGAGAUAGAUCUGUCUAUCUGUUGGUGAUAGAUAGAGCCUGUGAAACGCGAUUACUAUGACAUUUCACCAUCACUUCAUGUAUUCAAGACCAUCCGUCGUACAUAUGACAGAGUAAACGCAACCCCACUCUUACCCGACCCUUUCUCCCUGCGCGACAGAUCAUGGCUUUCGGAUCAGAUGACUCGAGAAUGAGCGGAUACAGCCGUGACUGCGACAUGCAAUUUGAAACUUCGGUGAAGGUGUUACAAACGACUUGCUUCCCUUUGAAUCUAAUCAAUCGAUUCGCCUCCCGCGGCUAUAGUCGAAGGUAAAGAUUGGAUUGCUCGGCUUGAUCAGGGCCGGGACGAGUACAGAAGAACUAGAACCUAUCGUACACACAGCGGGCUAGGAGUUGAAUCCUUCAGGUGGGUGGGCAGCCCAUUUACUGGGUGCCCUUGACGAGCAGGUAGCUGUAGGUGAUUGAGUUCUGCAUGCCGUUCAUGCCCAUCUGCAGUUGGUGGCCGCAGUUGUUGGCGUCCUUCUGGCCCGCGACGACGCGGUACAGCGAGCACGUGAGCUGCGUCGAGUUUUUCUUCUGGAGAUUGUCAGCGGUGUGAUUUUGGCGGAGGGGGAGAGAGAGAAAAGACGGACGACGCUUCCAUUGUCGUGGUAGACUGGAUGGGAGUUCCGAGUCAGUGAGUGAAACUCAAGUCAUUCAUGUCCACGCACAGUUUGCACUCAUGCAGUCCCUCUGAGCCGUGCACAUGUCGCCGCAGGCUGCAACGUCCGUCAGCAGCAAGUUCACAUGAGGAAGCCAUGGCGGGCGGAUGUACCCUGCGCAGAAUCGACCAGAGCGAACGUCUCGUACGCAUUGGCCGGCUGCGUGAUUUGCACGGCGCAGGUGAGGUUCUGGAAGCCGUAGCUGUACCCUGCCGGGGUGGCGGGCGCCGUCGCGUUUGCGUAGGGAGACGGGGCUGCGUUGGGCACGGCCAUUCCCGCAGCGCAGGCGACGAGAGCAGACAAGAGGCAGAAGACGUUGGAGAUCAUUGUAAUAUGUCCAAUACGGGCGCAGUGGAUUCGAUGGCGGAGAGGAUUCUCCACCAUUGCACCAAGGACAGUCAGGAGAGG